CACACAUGAGUUCUGUCCAAGUGACACGCACACAGCUGUACACUUGAACUGGUGGCAAUGAAUUCAAAACAAACAAAAAUAUAUUUUGACCAGCUGUUUUAUACUUAUCCCCAUCUCUAUAAUUAGUACUCUAUAGGUUAUAGCAUAUUCAAUUGUAUCAAACGCUUAAUGCGCGGUAAAUGGAGAAGUGUGAAAAAAGAUUCCCCAUGACUAAACAUGUAAAAACAUGUUUAUAGUUUUGCGUUCAAGAGUAGCCUACAUCGAAAGAUAGCUGCAUUCUGUGUUCCACUUUAAAGCGCGCAUAUUACAAAGGCGCACGUGCCGCUCACUACUCAGUAGUGUUAUACACUAGCACCAGUCUGCUUACUUAAACGAAACACAAAGAAUACUUUAUUUGCCAAGUCUUUCCCGUUAUUUCUGAUAGUGGCUUGAUUUCUCUGACGGACCAGAUGGAUUUCAAACUCUGUAUCCUGCUGUCAAGAACCAUAAACAUCCCGAGGAAAUGAGUAGACUACUGCUUGAAAUCCACAGUUACCUGUAAGUUGUUUCUAACUGUUGAGCAACAUAUAAAGAGAUCUAUGUCACGCGUUUUAAAUCAGUUAGCGGAGCGAAUCAUUAGAAAGCGUAGGCUAUACAUUGGUUUGCAUAGACUACUGAAACUGCAGACUGUAUUUUACUUUGUAUGUGAGUCUGUGAGUGCAUGUAACCGCACAUCAAUCAACAAGCACAUGUUCAGACAUGUUCUUCAACACACGGAUUGUGUAUUAAUUUCGUUCACGGCAUUAGCCUACAAGAGCGCAAUAGGCUGCAUCUCGCUGAACAACGAUAUUUAUGAAUCCUGAACAGGUACCUCCUUUGACACUUUGUCGCUGGCUGUUCAAAAUGCGUCUAUUGUCUUAGAAUUGGAAACGACACAAGUUACAGCCGCCAAGAAAUGUAAUGUCACGUGCUAGUCGCAUGGAUAUGCAGUAUUGCAUUUGUUUUUAGUUUUAUUUGUCAAUAUGACAUGACUGAACGGCUUUUGAUAGUGUUUAUUAUUGUUGUAUUCCUUUUGUAAUAAAAAGUACAUUGUUUGUGUCACAUGACAAAUAGCCUAGACUUUAAAUUAAAUAUGUCGAUAGCUAUAAUAACCGCAAUAGAUUAUAAAAAAAGUUAUACGAAUACCGCGGUCAUCACUGUUAUAUUGAUUACUUUUUUAAUUUGAUCUAAAGAGAGUGAUGUGAAUGUGCCCAGAAUUGUGCAUUAACCUACACGGAACCUGUAGGAAUGGCACUUGAUACAUAUAACAGUCGUGCCGUUUUGGUCUUGUUUCGGACACAAACGAUAUUGUAAACUUAAACUAUGCCUAAUGCUCAGUGCUGCAAUUAUUACUUAGUGGAUAGAAAUUCGUAAGUACCUCAGAUAUUGUUUCUUGAGACAACAAAGAAAAGGAGUGUGCCUUAGGGGUCAAACAUAUUGUCCCCUCCCCAGCACCGUGUAUGACCAAUCAACGAAGCCAAUGCAAAUACAAGCAGUACCGCACCGUCCCUUCCCAGCCCGUGACGUCAUUCGCACAUAUCCCCCAGAAGUGCUGUCUGGCUGCAGCAAGUCAGACAGAAAACAGAAAAGAGCUGAGUGAGCCGGGAGGGGCUCCUUGAAGGAAAAUUGCCACCGCCGGCAUUCCAGCGAUUUAGAACUCCGGAAUACGCGAUUUUGCCCACCCAUAGAAAUUCGGGAGCCGGGCUCUGAGAACGCCCGUGUUGCCCGGAUUGCACUGAUUAUUGAUUGCCGGGAGAAGGGACGCACUGACGAGCACUUGAAACCGGUUUCCCUUCUCUCUCCCUUACCAAUCCUACCCUCCUUCCGUAGUUUCUCCCUUUGUCUGAUCUUCCUGAUCCCCGAGACUGCAAGAUAUUAAAAUGCCUAGUUCGCUAUUUGCCGACAUGGAGAGGAAUGGGAGCAACCAGGGGGACGCCCUGGACGACCAAAGAGCCCUUCAGAUAGCACUGGACCAGCUUUCUUUGCUGGGCUUGGACAACGAUGACAAUUCGAUCUACGACAACGAGCCGAGAAAAAAGAGUGUGAACAUGACGGAGUGUGUCCCAGUUCCCAGCUCAGAGCAUGUUGCUGAAAUCGUUGGAAGACAAGGUUGCAAAAUUAAAGCCUUGCGAGCAAAGACCAACACCUAUAUCAAGACUCCAGUGCGUGGGGAGGAACCAGUCUUUGUUGUGACAGGCAGAAGAGAGGAUGUAGCCAUGGCUAGGAGGGAAAUCAUCUCAGCCGCUGAGCAUUUCUCUAUGAUCCGAGCAUCGAGGAACAAAAACACCAGUCUGAAUGGGAGUGGCACAGUUCCAGGACCACCAAAUCUCCCAGGACAGACAACCAUUCAGGUGCGGGUCCCCUACAGAGUGGUGGGCUUGGUGGUCGGACCGAAGGGAGCGACUAUUAAGCGAAUCCAGCAGCAAACGCACACCUACAUUGUCACGCCCAGCCGGGACAAAGAGCCGGUGUUUGAGGUCACGGGCAUGCCUGAGAACGUAGACCGUGCCAGGGAGGAGAUAGAAGCACACAUUGCCAUGCGCACCGGGGGGCUCAUCGAGCUGACCGACGAGAACGACUUCCACGCCAACGGCACAGACGUCGGCUUCGACCUGCACGGCCAUGCCAGCCUGUGGAGCAAGCCUACCUCCAGCGCGACCCCCACCUCCGGGCGCAAGCCUUUCUCAAACUACCGCAACGACAGCUCCAGCUCCCUGGGCAGCGCGUCCACCGACUCUUACUUUGGCAACAACAGCAGCUCCAGGCUGGCUGACUACAGUCCCCCCAGCCCUGCCCUGAGCUACACAACUUCCAACAACGGCAACAACAACAACAACAAUGUCAACGUGAACAGCAACGGCAACGGAUUUGUCUACGGGAGUGAUGUAAUUUCCCCCGAUUGCACUGACUUGACUUUCGAGUCCUCGCCGGGUUUCGAGGCCACGCCUACCCCUCCCGGCCUGGUCUGGUCACAGUAUGACCGCGGUGUCACCCCAUCCGGCGGCACAACCUCCACCAUCUUUCCUGCCAACGCCUCUGUCAAUGCCAACGGGAUGAUUGCGAACCAGCGGCGGGCUAACGGUGUGGGCUGUGCCUCUCAGCCCAGGCUGUCCCCGCCCCUGCAUCAUGUGGUCGGGGCCUCUGAGCACCCGCUGGCCCGUCGAGUGCGUAGCGACCCCGGGGGCGGCUCCCUUACCUUCCCCGGCUACUCCGCUAACGGGCUGUCCAACGGCAUUGCCUCCCUUUCCGGGCCUCACCUCCCCGGAGUGCCCUCCGACUCCUCCGCCUCCUCGUCCUCCAGCUCCUCGUCGAGCUCCUCAUCGGGGACCAGCAGGAAGGGCAGCCGGGACUGCUCGGUGUGCUUUGAGAGCGAAGUCAUCGCUGCCCUGGUCCCCUGUGGACACAACCUGUUCUGCAUGGAGUGCGCCAAUCGCAUCUGUGAGAAAACCGAGCCCAAGUGCCCGGUCUGUCACGCUGCAGUUACUCAGGCUAUACGUAUAUUUUCAUAAAAUGUAUCCGACUCCCAGCAACAGCAAACCAACUCUUAUACUGCAUUAUGAAGACAUAAUAACUCGCGUGUGUACGUACAUGUACAUAUGUAUGUAUGUAGAGCUGCAGUAUCCAAAAGGGACACCCUUCAGGGCUCUGUUGUCAUUGUUUAUAAUGUACUGUAGCGUGGGAAAAUAUUUUCAACAUCUAAUGCAUGUUCUGAAUAUUAAAGCAUAGUAAUUAAUAGUUCUAGAAAACUGUACACAAUAUUUAUGAAGUCACAAAAAGGAGUGUUCAAGUCAGAGGUACUUAAAACAUGUCAGAUAUAGACUGUUUGGGAGAUGGCCCUUCCAGGUUCACUGUUCGAAUGUACAGGUAGCAGUGCCUAUGGCUAAGGACUUUGGGAGGGUGGAGCUUUUAGAAUACAGGAUUAUUAUAAAAGGAAUGAUACUGCAGCUUAAGUUUAAAAGACCGCAUUAAUGGGAAGCAACAACAUAUCCUACAUAUAUGUAUAGGUAAAAAAUUCCACAAGUUUAAAGUUUUAAAUAUUAAUUACAUUAAUACAGAUUGAAGUAUUUUAUUCUUUUUUGACUUGAAAGAUUAUAUUUCGUAUUGCAAAAAAUGUUUACAAAUAUUUUAAUUUAAGUUCAGUGAACUUUUUGUAGCUGGGUUAAAUAUCUUUUAUUUUUUAGUAUGGCCUUAUGGCAAAGAACACUGUAUUAUUUUAAUACCACACAAUUGUUGGUUGAAAUACAAACCACAAAAUGUGUAUUGCAUUUAAACAGUAUUCUGUUGGGAUGGAGGUUUUAUAGGUUCAGCAAAAAAAUGUCUUUUAAAUCUGCUUCACCCAGCAUAUUUUUUAUUCAGUAAUAUAAAGCAUAUUUUAUUCUAUAUUAUUACAAAACAUGAAAUGUAUAAAACUUAGUAAAUCAAACAAAAAGGAACCGUUUAUGCUUUCUAAAAUUUGUAUGAAUUAGAUUCCAGUGGGAAUUACAGAGUUCUGUUGCACCACUCUAGUUUUAGUAUUUCUAUUUUAAUACAUUUGUUUACCACUUGUUUAUGUAUAUGUAGGUGAAGUUACUUGAGCGUAAAUGUACUUUAUUGAGCAAAGUUUAAGAACAAAGUAUAUUUUAUUUUAUGAUACAGGGCCUUUAACCUCAUGGUCAAAUACUAAUAUUAUAUUUGCUGAAACAAGAUUUGAAAAUGUAUCAAGAGUUUUAUUUUUCUGACAUUUAAAGUUCUACACGAUAAAGGUAAAACUUAAGUAAUGGUGCUACUUCAUGUUUUUUUAAGUAUUUCUAUAUAAAUACAAUAAAAAUGGUACAUGAAA